CAGCAGCAGCAGCGGAGGAAGCAUCUUUUCCACACAAGACUACGAGAAGACCGUGCAGCCAGCGUACUGCAUGUCUGCCGUUACCGACACGAGCUAAAGCGAGCCGAGGCUUGCACCGUGACUUUAACCGGUGCUCGGCGUCGGAGGUUUCUUUGAGGGGAUUUAUUGAGGAUUUAUCGACGACGUCCCAGAAAAAAGCGGCUCAAAAACACGGCGACUAUUGGUCAACACAGGUGACACUUCCCGGCUGUCAAAUCUGCCCAGACCCCGCAGACACGAUUUAUCUGGGGGCUAUUUUUGUCCUAUUGAGGCCUCGUUAAAAACAGACAUUCUUCCUGAGGCAAACUGGACUGUCAGCAGAGAAAUUAAUUAAUAUAUUGCCGUGCUGGAGAAGACUGGGACUGAGCCGAUCCCGCCUGCUCGAAUGGGGGAUCAUACUAUAUCCUGCUGUAUGUGGUGUGUAAUGCAGUAGAGCAGCUUUAUUUUUGCUAUUCAGUGUUCAGUGUCCACUGACAUUGUCUCCAGUCAUGAAGUCCCACCUGCCGGCCCGGUUGGAUUGAACGAGGUAGUGCUGUCGGAGGGGGGGAGCUUUUUGGAAGGUGGUGUUUUUAUUUAUUUAUUUUAUUUUUAUUUUAUUUUUUGAAGAAACAAGCACUUUUUGCUCGCUUGACAUUAACCGCUGCUGGAGGAAGGUUUAGUGAAGAGGACGAGGAGGAGAAAUCUCAGGAAAAAAACAUCAGUGGGAAUCUGGCAACCCACCAGCACCCGUGGAUCACAAAUUAACAGGCACCUCUUAACCCCCUCACCUCUCCAUCUCCAACCUUCUGUCUCAACCUGUUCUCAACUCCAACAAUCUUAAGAAUCAGCGGCUGUAAAAAAAAUGAUUUGGAUAAUAGAAGACCAAUAGGGAUGGAACGCAACAGAACCAUGGCUGGGGAAGCGUUUCGGAUCCUUGUUGCUCAGAAUCUGCACUGACCUGGCACCCACACCCAAGUCCGGCCUCCUUCUCCAGCACCCUGAGGACCCUUCUUUCCCCCAGAAACUGCUUUGCCCUCCAUAUAACCUUCACUCAACACUCCUGGUCUUGAUCAAACCUCCAAAAAAAAGCUCCUUUAAGUCUGUCAGGGUCUGCCUGCUUUUGUUUUUAAUCCCCUUUUAUGCUUUACCUUCCAGACUGUUGAUUAUAAUCCACAUUAUCUCAUAGAAACACAGAAAACAGACUAGAAGCAGGUGGCUGAACAGUUUGAAUCCAGUCAUGUACCCCCUUCCACUUGCUCUAAGUAAACAGAGGCGGCGGGGUUUGUUGCCCACGACACGCCCCCUUAGUCUCAUGACAGACUGGUGCCUAAUGGGUGUACUAGGCCUCAUCCUGCUCUUCAGCCUGGCCUCCAGCCAGAAGACAGACCCUUCCAAAAACCCCAUAGUCACCACCAACUACGGCAAGAUCAGAGGCAUCAAGAAGGACUUGAACAAUGAGAUCUUGGGCCCCGUGGAGCAGUACCUGGGCGUCCCCUACGCCACGGCACCCAUCGGCGACCGCCGCUUUCAACCGCCUGAAGCCCCGGGAUCCUGGCAGGAGAUCCGCAACGCCACCCAGUUCGCCCCCGUGUGCCCUCAGAACGUCCACGGCGUGCUCCCGGAGAUUAUGCUGCCAGUGUGGUUCACUGACAACCUGGACGUGGCGGCGGGUUACAUCCAGAACCAGAGCGAGGACUGCCUCUACCUCAAUAUCUACGUGCCCACAGAGGAUGGUCCGCUCACAAAAAAACAUGAUGAAUCUUCAAUGAACAAGCCUCGAGACGAAGAUAUCCGUGACCGCAGGAAGAAGCCGGUGAUGCUGUUUAUUCAUGGAGGCUCCUACAUGGAAGGCACCGGGAACAUGUUUGAUGCUAGCGUCUUGGCCGCCUACGGCAACGUGAUUGUGGUGACCAUGAACUACCGGCUCGGUGUGCUCGGCUUCCUCAGCACCGGUGAUCAGUCAGCUAAGGGGAACUACGGCCUGCUGGACCAGAUCCAGGCCCUGCGUUGGCUCAACGAGAACAUUGGCCACUUCGGCGGAGACCCAGAGAGGAUCACCAUCUUUGGCUCUGGAGCUGGGGCGUCCUGUGUCAACCUCCUCAUCCUCUCACACCACUCAGAGGGACUCUUCCACAGGGCCAUAGCUCAGAGUGGAACUGCCAUCUCCAGCUGGUCUGUCAACUACCAGCCCCUCAAGUACACCAAGAUCCUGGCCCGGAAGGUGGGCUGCACCUACUCAGAGACGGCCGACCUGGUUGACUGCCUGAGGCGCAAGAACUUCAGAGAGCUGGUGGACCAGGACAUCCAGCCAGCUCGUUACCACAUCGCCUUUGGCCCCGUGGUGGACGGAGACGUGGUGCCAGAUGAUCCGGAGAUCCUCAUGCAGCAGGGGGAGUUCCUCAACUAUGACAUCCUAAUAGGAGUGAACCAAGGAGAGGGGCUGAAGUUUGUGGACGACAGCGAGGACAACGACGGCAUCUCAGCUGCAGCAUUCGACUACACCAUCUCUAACUUUGUCGACAAUCUCUAUGGUUACCCUGAGGGCAAAGACAUCCUGAGGGAGACCAUUAAGUUCAUGUACACAGACUGGGCAGACAGGGACAAUGGAGACAUGCGGAGGAAGACCCUCUUAGCUCUGUUUACGGACCACCAGUGGGUGGCACCGGCAGUGGCCACCGCCAAACUCCACGCCGAGUUUCAGUCCCCGGUUUACUUUUACACGUUCUACCACCACUGCCAGACCGAGACGCGACCCGAAUGGGCCGAUGCCGCCCAUGGAGAUGAGAUACCGUACGUGUUUGGCGUGCCCAUGAUCGGAGCUACAGAUCUGUUCCCAUGCAACUUCUCGAAGAAUGAUGUGAUGUUGAGUGCCGUGGUGAUGACAUACUGGACUAAUUUCGCCAAGACUGGGGACCCCAACCUGCCAGUCCCUCAGGACACCAAGUUCAUUCACACCAAGCCCAACCGCUUUGAAGAGGUCAUCUGGACCAAGUUCAACUCCAAGGACAAGCAGUACCUUCACAUUGGCUUAAAACCUCGAGUUAGAGACAACUACAGGGCCAACAAGGUGGCCUUCUGGCUGGAAUUAGUCCCCCACCUCCAUAGUCUACAUGAGGAGCUCUUCCCCACCACUACCCGCUCGCCGCCGGGCCCUGGCGCAGGCACCCGUGGACCCUGGCCCAGACCACCGGGCCCUCGCCCCACCCGUCACCCCUACCCUACCAUCCCCUCGGAUGACAUUGAGGGUUCUGAGCGUCCGCACCAGGACCUCUUCCCUGGAGACACCCGGGACUACUCCACUGAGCUAAGUGUGACAGUCGCCGUGGGGGCUUCGCUCCUCUUCCUCAACAUCCUGGCCUUUGCCGCCCUCUACUACAAGCGUGACAAGCGGCACGAGAUGCGGCGCCACCGGCUGUCUCCUCAACGGGGCGGGCCUGCCAACGACCUGGCUCACAGCCAGGAGGAGGAGAUCAUGUCGCUGCAGAUGAAGCACUCGGAGCACGACGCCCACCACGACAUGGAGCCACUCCGACCACACGACAUCCUUCGGCCCGCCUGCCCGCCUGACUACACAUUGGCGCUGCGCCGCGCCCCCGACGACGUGCCGCUGAUGACACCUAACACCAUCACGAUGAUCCCCAGUACCAUUACCAGCAUGCAGCCUCUUCAUGCCUUCAACACCUUCCCCUCCACCGGUCACAACAACACCCUGCCCCAUCCCCACUCCACCACCAGGGUAUAGUAGGGACUGCCACCUAGGGACCAGGAAGACUGGCUCUGUCACUGAUCUAGAAGGGAAGCCUCUGGAUGUGGGCCUUUCUUCUGUUCUCUUAUUCUCUUGUUUCUCCAAAAACAACUCCACCUCCUCCAUCAUGUGCUGUCGAACUUACCACUGGUGGCGGGUGGAGAAGCAGCUGAACUGCACGGCAGCAGAUGAUCAGUUUGGGGCCGAUGUAGAUCUUUCAAAGAUACUGUUUUCAAAGGUCUGCUGUUUCCAGACUAAAGCCCCUGACAUUUGUCAAAAGGACGAAUGCUUUUCGCCCCUUGCAGUUUUCCCUUUUUUUACUUUAACUUCGUCUCUCUUUUCUCUCCCUGGUGUGCAUAUAUCGUUCUCUAUUCUACAUCUGUGUCUUAUCCCUGCUUCGUUCCUCUCAUGCGACAUGUGAAGCUCUCCCUCUCCCCAGCACUCCUUUGCUCUAAGGACUCACAAACUACUGAGCUGCCGGAGGGGGCAUAGAGUACAUACAGUAGUCAUAUAGCUAUGAAAGCAUUGAUAAUUUCAUUCUACCAGCAUUCUUGGUGCCAAGUAUGUACUACUGUGUUUGCUUUCUCAUCGAGGGAGAAAAAAACUAAAGAAAAUUCUUGAGUAUUUACUGUCAAUGAACCGAUGCUGUGUGUUCUCAUGACAAAGUGCCAAACUGGCCCUUGAUUGUGUUUUUUCUUUCUUUCUUUCAUCUUCUGUUUCUUUUUUUUCAAGCAUUUGUUUAAUUGUUGUUUUUUGUGGAAAGAACUUUUGCUGAAAAUAUAGAUAUAGAGAAAUGAUAUUAUAUAUAGUUAUAUAUAAAUGUGUACAAAGGAGAAAGUAUAUAAAUGGGUUUUCUCAGUGGGGAUCUAUGCAUGAAUUAUUUUUAAAGAUGAUGACGGGGGAAAGGACACUGUAUCUGUCAAUGCACGUUUCCCAAAUCUAAUCAAAUCAUAUCGGUCCACUCUGGAUAUUUAGUUUGAUCUCCCAGAACAUCGCAGAAAACCCAAACCACCUCCCAGCACCAAUUAUUAAAACAAAGAGUCAUUACUACAGAUCUCAGAAAAUGUUACACAACUGUGUACGCACUUUUCCAUCCAUUCUCUCCUACAUGAUGUCUUUUUGAGGUUUUUCUCCAACCAGGUGAUACAACACGUCAACAGCAAGCCUACAGUAGCUACUUUUUCUUCCCAUCCUUACGGAGAUGAUCAUUUUUUUAGGGUACGUGAAGUACCAAAUCUGUUGUGGUAGCUUGCCUGUGCAGAAUUAUUUUUGUAUUUCAGUAAGGGUGAGAAACAAAGCAGAGACAGGCAGCCUUUGCUCUUUUACGUACACCUUCCUUCUCCUGUCUGCCCCCCUAUUUCCAACACAUGCAUAUUCUCUUUGAUGUGUGCCUGUGAGAGAAAGUGUGUGCGUGUUUGUGAGUGUGUGUGUGUGUGUGUGUGAUAUCAGAGCUUCUUCACAUGGGCAUAGGUGGGCCCUAAUUAGAGAGCAAAGAGAUAGAGAGGCAGACAGGCAGAAUCAUCCCCAUGGUAAAAACUCCAAAAUGAGCUCCUUCCUGCUGCACCCCCUCCGUAUCACUUACUCCCUUUUUUCUCCUCCAUCCGUCACGACACUAGCUUUGUAUUUAAAAGUGACGCCCAUGUUUUGGUGACAAACUCCCUGCUGUGACCACAAAACUCCACCUGACUUCACUGUGUCAGCUACACAAUUCCUGACCUCAGUUCAGCUCUGCUAUUAUCCUCACAUUCAAGGGUUAGUUCACUAAACUAGUGACUUUGUGUGAGCUCAUCAGUUGUAAAUUAAACUCUAAGCACACUGAGGGUAACCGGUGGGGCCUGCGUGGCCCUGCGGCGCAGAGCUGCAAGAUGAAAAAGAGGGCUCGGAUCUCCUAAACAGGGUAAAAACAACACAACUGCUGUUCCUGCUCCUUUCUUUCGGGUGAGAAAGUGCAGGCCUACAGCUCAGCGAUGCCCCCCUCUCUACGGAUUUCAAACAUGGAUCAUGGGUAACAAGAUACAGGUAACUGAACUGAUGUUUGAGCCCACAGGAACACAUGGUAGCCUACAUCCACUAUGGGAGAAGUUAGUCACCGGUGCUGUCUUUGCUUGUGCUCUAGCUUUAGCCUGUUUGUUUGUUUGUUUGUUUGUUUUCUAUUUUAUUACUGCCUAACGGGGUGGCAUGGGGAGGGCUGGAGGGGGGAGAGAUAUACCUGGCUGCUCCCUGUCAGAGAUUUUGUAAGCCCACUGAAAGGGAAAUGUGCACAAUGUAAAACACAAAACAACUGGGUGUGCUGCAGGCGGGGCAGAUAUUGCACAGCACGAGGAAAAGGUGCACGCUGUGGAAAAGAAACUUUGGGUGGAGAUUGGAAAAAGACUCACAGCCUUAAAUGUAGAAAUCAAAAAAGAGUGGACCAUUAGAAAAUAAGGACACUCAAAGGCAUGGCCAUCUUUCUACCCACAAUGUUUGCCAGGAGGAUACCUUGCCAGGAGGAUCUGAUAUGUCCAAUCAAACCGUUAUGAACCCUUUUGUACUCACUCCUGUGGAUAAAGAGGCAGUGAGGGACUGUGAGGUAAACCUCACCACAACACAGCUACAAUGACACCAUCGGAGGUGAAGACAGAUACAAGGUAUUUAGUUGGGUCUGUCCUUUUUCCCUGUCUAUUUUAUAAGCUAACACUGGAGGGCGCCAUUGCAGUCUGCCCACUCAGAGGACGUGUGAAGAAAAAUACCAAACUGGGUGGCAGGACAGAGACAGACACGCAACAUCUGGAAGAGGAUCAAAACUGUACAUUUUUAAGUGUAAGAAUCAAACAGACAAAAUAUUUGUAAAUAUUAAGUUUCUUGUUUGUUUUUCUUUUUUCUUUUUUUUUUGAGUGAAUGAAUGAAAUGCUUAUUUUGUGACAACUAAAGACAACAGGUGCAGUUUGCAACAAAAGCAGGCCACCAGCUUGAGGUUUCAAACUCAUUCUUGAGUGAAAAAAAAAUCCCACUUUUUAUGUUGUUAGAAAAUGACUUUGUCUCAUGUUGCCCAUUAUCAUGUGGGCGUCCUGUAGCAUCAUGAUUCCCAACAGGAAAGUCACUGUAGCAGAAAAUCAUCUCCACUGGAGCCCCCGACACAUCAGAGGGCCUAAGAUGCUGUGCUUUAUAAUGAAUAUUGGAUUGAGGUUUCAUUGCUCUUUGUUGUAGUAGAGGGACAACAACUCUGCAUAUUUAUUUUCUGUUUAUUUAAGCUUCAGAAAACUUUUAUUUUGAAAUAUAUCUUGUGUAUCCAGCUCUGCUCCUAAAGAAUCUGUGCGGCUAAUCUGAGUUAUUUAUGGAAAAGUCUGAUAAAAGCCAGCUUUGGCCAGCUAACAAAUGUAAUGGUGGUGUAGGGAACUGGCCUGUGAUUCAUGGUCAGGACUACUAACUGCAAAGUGCAGUCAGUUAACAUGUAGCAGUGUUUACAUGUAGCCACUUUAUCACAUGUGGGACAGACAUGAGGGCUUUGAUACCAUGAGAUGCCUCAUAGAGUUAUGAGAUCACACAGGUGGUCUGACUUUUUCCCUCCACACACUGUGUUGCAUUGUGGUUACAGAGGCUGUGCGGACCUUACAGUGAUGUGAUGUAGCAAUUUCAUGUUCCAAACAGUUAAGAGAUGGAUGAAAUGUUAUUGUACAUCUGAAAAGUCUAGUGCACUUUAGAGUGUGUGAGUGGAUCAGACACACACUGUGUUAUACAGUGACUCAGUGCAGCCCUGUGGUCACACAGUGGAGCUGGGUGAUGGUUUAUCCUGUGUCAGGUCAGUGGUGCAUGGACGCACAUGGUUAUAACCCCCUACAAUGGCCUCGACACACCCUCACUCAAAUAAAAAAAUCUCUAGCUUGGUCUCCAUUGCAAACUUGCACCUGUUGUCUUGUUUUUACAUUCUUUGUUGAAUUCAGAAACCCAAGACUUGAGAUGAAGAAAAAUGUUAAAUAAUGGAAUUUUAAAAAAGAUGAUUAUUAAAAAAAAGUAUAGUAAAACUAUAUAAAUAAAUGAGGUGAUGAUAUUUCUGUUUACUUUAGAAGUUAUUAUACACUGUAUGCUGUGAUUCUGAUCUGGGAAACAUUAAAGACAUUCAUAGCCA